AUGAAUCUAGGACUCAAUCACAUCAAGCAGGAAUACGCCGCUAGACCUUCUGCCGAGAAGAAGCGCAAACAGCAAGCUUUGAUGGAUGAAGCUGAUCGUAGACAGCGUGAAGAGAAACAGAAAGAACGACAGGGGAGCGAGGCGGAACGGGAAAUGCAACAGAAGCUCGGCCUGGCUGCUCAGGUCUUUCGUCAGCAUUCACGCAGAGGCGGCGAGACUUCGACAGCUCUCCUUCGUCUCGAUUCGUCCAAAAUGGCCCAAUGGUGUCAUCGCGAGUACAUCCAAUCUUUCUUCCCUUGGGGUAUCAAGGCUGAACUAUCUAUCCAGACUGUAGCUACGGCGAUGAUAGACGGUAUCAUUCUUUCGAUUGCGGAAAUCAAUGUCUACAGUAUCACUUGCAUCCUCCGGUGA